AUUCUUCUUCUUCUUCUUCUUCUUCUUCUUCUUAUUAUUAUUAUUAUUAAUAUUAUCAUCCUGCUAUGAUUUUUAUUUUCCCAACAUUAUAGUCCAACUCGUCUUUUUGUUCACAUGUAAUUGUUACUGUAGUAACAUAUUUGAAGUAAUUAGUUUGAAAAGUUUGUCCCUGUGAAUAUUAUAUUUGUGUUGUUAAUAAUGUUCUGUGUUGCAUUUCAUGUCCUGAGUAAGCGCGCGCGCUAGUCCCCCAAAAUGGGCGGAGUUUACCCCUUUCUGUGGUGUCAUGUCAUCAAAACAGAGCGGCGCAGCAGCGAUGUGAGCUCGCGACCAGGAGACGCGGUGUGAAUUGUGCGCGCGCUCAGUCACGGCCUAGUGUGUUUUUUAUUCCUUACUGACACCCGUUGCGGAGAAACCGAGAUUUCUGGCAGCGCACAAAACUUCUGAUGAGUUCGAGUCUCAGACAUGGAGGAUGAAGAGAGCAAAAUUUCCGUGUGGGUUUGCCGGGAGGAGAAGCUCGUGUCGGGUUUGUCUAAGCGCACCACGUGUGCGGACGUUAUUAAAGUCCUCCUAGAGGAACAAAACUUGCACGGGCGCGCGUCCGCGUCCGCGCGCUCUUACUGCAUUGUGGAGAAGUGGCGCGGAUUCGAACGCGUUUUGCCGAACAAGACCAAAAUCCUGCGCUUGUGGAAUGCAUGGGGUGAAGAGCAGGAGAAUGUGCGUUUCGUGCUCGUCAAGCAGGACGCGUCCUUAGCCAGCAGCGCGCCACGAAGCGCCGAGGCGCGACUCGUGCCUAGCCGGCAGAACCCGUGCGCGCGCGAGGGCACCGUGCGCCAAGCCACCAUGGCCCUGUCGCCCGAGAAGCAAAGGCGCGUGGUCCGAAAGGCGUUCAGGAAGUUGGAGCGGAUCAAUAAGAGGCGCGCGAGGGCGCAGUGCAAAGACGCGGAGAGAAUGGAGACCCUCGUGCAUCUGGUGGUCUCGCAGGAUCACACCAUCCGGCAGCAGGUGGAGCGCAUCCAGGAGCUGGACCACGAGAUCGAACUCUAUGAGGCCAAGGUACACCUUGACAGGGUAAGGGCACAUGGUGUCAACUAUGUCCAGGAGACCUACCUGGUGGAGGGAGUUACAUCCAGGCAUCCGUGCCCCAGCGAUGGAGAACAGACACUCGCUCAGUUAGAGGAGUAUGCCCGGAAGUGUGAGGAGGUCAUCAGGCUGCAGGAGGAUCUAACUAAUCGGCAGGUUCUGCUAGACAGCAUCACCAGAGAUAUCCAGGAAGAGCUAAACCAGAGAUGGAUGAAGCGGAGACAGGAGGAUCUGGCUAAUAAGGAUUUGGAAAAUGAUAGCACGCUCAGGGUUAUAAAUCAAACGUGGGAGAUAAAUGGAUGCGAAAUGCCUCCAAAUGUGGACGUGUCUCUUGAGGAUGACGUGCUCUUGGAGAAGGAGCGGAUUAGGACUCAACUGGACACGAGCUUAUACAUCGGCCUGAGGCUUAACACGGAUUUAGAGACUGUUAGAAACGACCUGGACUUGGUGCAGGAGGUCCGGAGGGCGAGAGACAAAGAGCUGAGGGAUUUGCUUGAAAAAGUGGACUCACUCGAUUUAGAGGAAGAAGAGGAGGAAGAGGAGGGGGAGGAAAGUUGUGACAUGCUUAAGGACACUGAUAGAGUGGAAGAAGACACAGCAAAUAGUCAUGGUGCAUGGGUCGAGCAGGCCAGAGGACUUUCUGCUAAAGCAUGUAGCAGUAACGAUGACGAUUCAGACACAGGACUCAGCUCCAUGCACAGCCAGGACUCGGACAUUGCCCCUGUUUUUGAGUCUCUUGUAUAGCACCACACAGGGGGACAGGAAGAUUCCCCAGAGUUGAAUUAACACAUGAAGAGUGUUUGUAUUUAUAUCCAGAUGGACUGAAAUAGACACUGUAUGAUUUAAUAAACCACUGGAGAUUUUGCUUUAUUGUGUAUAAUCACCACCUGGACUCCUUUGAGCUGUUGUUUAUGUAAAAACACUAAUUAUAAUAUUGCUGACAAAUGUGCACUUAGUCAUAAUGUUACUGUAGCUGACUGCACAGAUCAUGGAUCUUUUUUUUUUUUUUGGACAUGUACCACAUUUUACCAUUGACUAAAUCAGUGUUAAUUUGUACAUAGGUUUGAGAGUGAUUGUUAAGGUACACCACAGACACUUCCUGAAAAAAACUGUUCCAAUUUUAAAAGGCUGGUGCAGUUUACGCGUAAUAAUUAAUGCCUAAUAUAAUUGUAAAGAUCAAACUAAUUCUUAUAGAAUGUUUAUCAAGUCUGUAUUUUAAGUCAAAUAAAUCCUAUAAUUCCAGAUAUAGUUGCACUCUAGAUGACUUAAUGUGUAAUGUGUGUAAAAUAAGAUUUCAGUAAUGUUAGCCAUUAAACUUGUAGCUAUGACAAUUUCCAAGACCUCAAUUCUGAGGUUUUGUUUUCAACUCCAGUUGUGAAAUUCAAUAUGGAAGCCAUGACAUUCUGAAGAUGUGGUAGAAUGUCAUCUACUAUGCAGGAAAAACUUGUAAGACUGAAUCAGCAGUUUUGAUCAGCAUGUUCUCACCUGACAACUCAGAGCAGACGAGGACAACAGCUCCAACUGAGGACACUUGAGUUUCAUUU